ACCCACUGUAAAAAAACAAGAAAGAAAGAUCAAAACUCUCUCUCUCUCUCUCUCCUUAGCCUCUAUCUCUUUCAUUUGAUUUGAGUUUUUGGGUAGCUCAAUAGGGGAGGUAUAAUACUAUAAUAGCCAGCCAUGAAAAAGAACCAAGUUCCAUUCUUUAUGAUCUUUACUCUGCUUUUCCUUUAGCCAUAAAAGAAUAAAGGUCCAAUCUUCUCUCUGCUGAAAAGGAAAAAGAAGAAGAAGAAGGAAGGGAAUGUCGAUCUGGGUUUAUUAAACUCUCUCUCUCACACACCCAGAAAGAAAAAAAAACCAUUCAUUUCGAACCAGAACCAGAACCAGCAGAAACAAGCGAGUUUCUGAGUGUGAGAUAUAUAUAAUGGGUGGCGUGACGUCAUCCAUGGCGGCCAAGUUCGCCUUUUUCCCGCCGAACCCGCCGUCGUACAAGCUCAUCACCGACGAGCUGACGGGGCUGUUGCUGCUGAGCCCAUUUCCGCACAGGGAAAACGUGGAGGUUCUGAAGCUGCCGACUCGGCGCGGCACUGAGGUGGUGGCUAUUUACAUUAGGCACCCUUUGGCCACUUCUACUCUGCUUUACUCUCACGGCAACGCCGCCGAUCUGGGCCAGAUGUAUGAGCUCUUCAUCGAGCUCAGCAUCCAUUUGAGGGUUAAUCUCAUGGGGUAUGACUAUUCAGGGUAUGGGCAAUCAUCUGGAAAGGCAAGUGAGCAGAAUACAUACGCAGAUAUUGAAGCUGCAUAUAAGUGUCUUGAAGAAAGCUAUGGUACCAAGCAGGAAGAUAUCAUUCUCUAUGGUCAAUCUGUUGGAAGUGGCCCAACUUUGGAUCUAGCUGCUCGGCUGCCUCAGUUAAGAGCUGUUGUUCUGCACAGUCCCAUCCUAUCUGGUUUAAGAGUCAUGUAUCCUGUAAAGCGUACAUACUGGUUUGACAUUUAUAAGAAUAUUGAUAAGAUUCCACUGGUCAAUUGUCCUGUUCUCAUCAUUCAUGGAACUGCAGAUGAAGUAGUUGACUGCUCUCAUGGCAAGCAACUGUGGGAGUUAUGUAAAGAGAAGUAUGAACCACUAUGGCUUAAAGGAGGCAACCACUGUGAUAUAGAACUGUAUCCCGAGUACAUCAGGCAUCUCAAGAAGUUCAUUUCAACUGUCGAGAAGUCUCCUUCCCAAAGAUACAGUUCUAGGAGAAGCACAGAUCAAUUUGAGCAGCCUCGGAAGAGUACUGAUGUUUACGAAGUUUCUAGAAAGAGCACUGAUCGAAGAGAUAAACCAAAGAAGAGCACUGAUAGACCUGAGAAACUGAAAAACCAGUUCAUUAGUGCUGAUAAACUAGAAAAAUUAAAAGUAUCCUUUGACCAUAUGGACAGGUCUCGGAGAAGCGUGGACUGCCAUGAGAAGUCCAGAAAAAGUGUCGACCACCAACUGGAUAGAGCACGGAAGAGUGUGGAUCGAUUGGAUAGACUACGGAGUGGGUAAUUGGUGUUGUAAAGGGUUAUAUGCAGAUUCAAAGCCUUUGUUUGGUGUUGUGGGAAAAUUAUUUGGGUUUUUUCUUAUAAUUUAUGGUUAUCUUGCUGUGUAAUUUGGCUUGUAGCAGCGUAUAACAACGAUUGCAUUGCAUAAAAUGAGAAGGGGUUUGGUGUUAUCAUGGGAUUAUUCUUGAGAAUUCAA